CAUGUAAGCAAGUGAGAUGGCCAAGCUGUUUCCCUGUACAUUUAACUGAAACAGAAAGAAAGCAGGGGCAGGAGAUGGAGGAAGAUAUUUCUGUUGCCUGCACCUCUCAAUCACAAAGGGAAGAAUCAAGAAAAUUAAGGAUGCUGAACAGAGGUGCAUAGUAUGAUUAAGAGUCAAAUAAGUGAGUCUUCCAGUACACAUGUAAAUUCAACUGGGUAUGUCUCCUGUCGAGGUGAGGAUUCAGAGGGCCAAGGACUUCAGACCUUAAGUAAGAUCUCUUCUAUUGAAAUCAAACUCAACAUUCUUGAGAGCUACUUUACCCUGAAUUGGUGUAACUGGAGAGUCACAAAGAGGUGUUGUGAGUGCAUUUCCAUCUGGACUGCUAUUUUUAUUCUGCUACAUUAGAUCUCAGAAAUAAGAAUGAAAGGUGACAAGUCUUCCCAGCACAAAUCAUCAGGAUAUCAAACCAUUACAGGCAGGAGGUAUGGAAGAAGAUUUGCUUAUGUCAACUUUAGACCGACUUCGACCGAUCAAGCAAGGCCUGUAAGUCAGCAGUGCGAAGAAUAUCAAGGCCCCGGGCAAGAAGAUGAUCAGAAUGAAAGGGCAACAACUUCCAUUGCUUUGGAUCAAGAACACCUGAUUUUAAGUGACUCCUUCAUAGAGGUAGCUGAAUCUGAAAUUCCAAUAUCUCAAGUAACUGAGGAAAGCUCCCUGAUGCCUUCUGUAGUCCAAUCCAGGGAGAUCUCAGGGAUAAAUUCCUAUGUUGAAAUUAGUUCUGAGGACUCUUUGGAAGAUUUUAGUCCUUUGAAAGAUCCAGUUGUAAUUUCUUCGGAAGAUACUGAUUCUUUUGAGUCAGAUAGCUCUGAGGAUGAGAGUAAUCAGGUUUUUCUUUCCAGUGUGAAGGAGAAUCCUAGGGAGUUUCAGGAAAUCUCAUUUAAAUUGGGAAAUGAAGGAACAUCCUUCUGUAGUGUGCAAACCAACUACUAUGGUGUACCACCACAGUCCUCUGGAUUAAACCAAGAUUUUGAAGCAGUAGGGCCGGUGCCAUUAGGGAAGUAUUCCGAUAGCGAGAAGGAUUUUGGCCCUCAAAAUAUUCAGGGGCCCACUUCCAAAGUGGAAGCGGAUGCAAAGAAAUUCUUGGCUAGCCGUAGCUACGAAAUGCAGAGGAUGGUUGUAGAGGAAAUCUCCGUUAGUCCUGAGAGCAUCAACAGUGAAUUGAAUGCCAGUGGUGGAAAUAAUGAAGUGGGAGCUUCAUCCGAAUUCGUAGUGAGACCCAAAAUUAGGAACCGAGAGUAUUUAAAUAGAUUGGAUCAGAAUGAUGCCCUGUCUAGUGAUGAGGAGGAAGGUUAUAGUGCCAAGAGAUGGAGAGGGAAUCCAGAACCUCAGCCAAGCACCUCAGGAGUGUCCCUGGGAAGCAGUGCAGGAAAACAAGCUCCCAGGAUGUUCUUUGGCCAGGGGAACAAGGCAGGUGAGAGAAAGGAAACAGCACCUGCUCAAAUCAAUGCAGAACAUGAAAUUUUGCAAGAGGAGCAGCCCGUUGGAGAUGGUGCUACAGCUUGGAAGUGUUUUGAAGCUGAUCCCAAGUCCAACACCAAUGUUGAAAACAGCCCUGAAUGCGUUGAUCCGAGCAGCUCUGAAUGCGUUGACCCGGCCGGGUCGAGGAUGGAGCUACCUUCUUUGUAUGCCGAUGAAAACCUUGAAUCUUCAAGUGAUGAGAGCUUUGAAACGCUUUCUGUCCGAAGACAACCUGAAACUGAAUUGCUUCUGAGCAGUGACUCAGAAGAGAGUCCCGAAUUCCCUAUUCAAGAAGAGCUCCAGAUCUCGUUGGAGGAAGCUGACUUGACUUUGGUGCAUAUUUGUGAAGCAGCACCAAGUAAUAUCGAAGAUGAAAGUGACCCCUCCGUCAUAGGAGAAUUUGGGGGGGAUGAUGACAUUGAAGAUGACAUCAGUUUUGGUGACGAUUUUGAUUUGGAGUGGAGGCUCUUGGAUGAAUAUGAAAGCAGAUAUGGAACUAUCCCAACCUUUUUUCCUGAAGAUCCUGACAUUCUCAGCUAUGUGACGAUGGAAGACCGCCUGAACCAGGCUAUGGAGGCUGCUGUGGCUCAUUUGGAGUACCUGAUAACUGAAGGGGAGCAGAUUUGUCCACCGGCCAGCACAGAAAGCAUCGACAUGCUCCCGGACAUCAUUGUUACAGCAGAUCAAUUGGCUAUGGACCUGACCUGUACUAUAUGCUGCCAAGAGUUUGUUGAAAAUGAUGUCAUAACAAAGUUACCCUGCAACCAUUACUUUCACAAGUUAUGCAUAGCUGCUUGGUUACAGAAGUCAGCAACGUGCCCCGUUUGCCGUUAUGUGUUUGCUUUCCAAGCCUUUGGAAGAGUCGCAGCUGCUACUACUUCCUUUGCAGCUAAUGAUGAGGCUCCAGGUUCGGCCUCCGAAGCCACGACCUCCCGUCCCACGACCUCCCGUCCCACGACCUCCCGUCCCACGACCUCCCGUCCCACGACCUCCCGUCCCACGACCUCCCGUCCCACGACCUCCCGUCCCACGACCUCCCGUCCCACGACCUCCUUUGCCAUGGCCCCCGGCGCCACGGCCCCCGGCGCCACGGCCCCCGACGCCACGGCCCCCGGCGCCACGGCCCCCAGCACUACGGCCCCCGGAGCCACGGCCCCCGGAGCCACGGCCCCUGGAGCCACGGCCUCUGGUGCUACUGGCUCCAAGUCUCCGGGCUCCAAUGCUACAGGAAAUCAAUAAAAUGAAAGCAACAUGUAGAAUUAAAGCAUUAAAGGCUCUUUAAGUAGAAUAUAAUUCAUUAACAUAUAUAACAAAUAGGUUACUUAUAAGGCAUUAUAAUCUUUUAGAGAGCAUUGACUUUUCUAAACUAUAUUUAGAUUAAGAUAAGUCUGUUUUGUAAACUGCAAGUUAGAAGAUGUACCGGAUUUCUUCAGUAGAAUAUCCUGCCACGAACAAAGCUCAAUAGUUAAAUUAUAAGUAUUUUAGUCUAACCUUAGGAGUUUUUGUUAUUAAAAUGAGGCUUAGAAAUAGUAUUGCAUAAUUUAAAGAAACAGUAUUGUUAAACAAGAUAGUGCCACUCAAAGUGAUUUUAAGUAAUCUUACAUAUUUGCAUUAAAUCUGAAGACUUCUGUGGCCACAGGAGUAGUUUUCUUUAGAAAUAAAAUAAUUACAAUUUC